AUGAAGUUUUUUAUUGAUGACUUACCCGUCCUUUUUCCGUAUCCACGAAUUUAUCCUGAGCAGUAUGCAUACAUGUGCGACCUCAAAAAGACGUUGGAUGCCGGAGGGCACUGCGUUCUUGAGAUGCCUUCAGGGACAGGGAAGACUGUAUCCUUGUUAUCCCUAAUUGUCGCAUACCAGCAACAUUCCCCAGAAAACAGAAAGCUGAUCUAUUGCUCUCGAACAAUGUCCGAAAUUGAAAAAGCAUUGACAGAGUUACGAGAAUUAAUGAAAUAUCGCACACAGCAGCUUGGAUACAAUGAGGAUUUUAGGGCAUUAGGCCUCACUAGUAGAAAAAAUCUUUGCCUUCACCCCUCUGUGAGAAGGGAAAAAAGUGGCACUGUCGUUGAUGCCAGAUGCCGAAGUUUAACAGCCAGUUUCGUAAAAGAAAGAAAGGAAAAAGGAGAGGAUGUUGAGCUUUGCAUAUAUCAUGAGAACCUAGAUCUCUUAGAGCCAAGUAAUCUUGUACCGCCUGGGGUGUUCACGCUCGACGGAAUCAUCAAAUAUGGAGAGCAGCAUAAGCAGUGCCCUUACUUUUCAGCUCGACGAAUGAUGCCGUUUUGCAAUGUUAUAAUAUAUUCAUAUCAUUACUUACUUGAUCCAAAAAUCGCGGAACGAGUGUCAAAAGAAUUGUCAAAGGAUUGUAUAGUAGUCUUUGAUGAGGCCCAUAAUAUUGACAAUGUCUGCAUUGAAUCUCUCAGCAUCGAUAUCACCGAAGAUUCUCUGCGUAAAGCUGGUCGUGGUGCAAACAACUUGGAGCGUAAAAUAGAUGAGAUGAAGAGAACAGACGCAGAUAAACUGCAGAGAGAGUAUGAAAAGUUAGUUGAAGGCUUGAGGGAGGCUGAUGAAGCACGAGAAGAGGAUCAGCUCAUGGCUAAUCCUGCUCUGCCUGAUGACUUGCUCAAGGAAGCAGUCCCAGGAAAUAUCCGGAGAGCAGAGCACUUUGUUGCCUUCUUGAAAAGAUUUAUUGAGUACUUAAAAACCCGGAUGAAAGUCACUCAUACUAUCUCUGAAACCCCACUAUCUUUUCUCUCUCAUCUGAAAGAUCUAACGUUCAUUGAGCGGAAACCCCUGAGAUUCUGCGCGGAACGACUGACAUCACUUGUUCGGACUCUAGAAUUAAUGAAUAUUGAAGAUUAUCAGCCUCUCCAGGAGGUUGCAACCUUCGCAACAUUAACUGCGACUUACGAAAAAGGGUUUUUGCUCAUCCUAGAGCCUUUUGAGUCGGACACUGCAACUGUACCAAACCCUAUCCUUCACUUUACUUGUCUAGAUGCAGCUAUCGCUAUCAGACCCGUUUUUGAUAGAUUCAGCUCUGUCAUCAUAACGUCAGGCACUCUGUCGCCUCUCGAAAUGUAUCCAAAAAUGCUCGGUUUUACAACUGUACUCCAGGAGUCGUACAGCAUGACCCUUGCCCGACGUUCCUUUUUACCAAUGAUUGUUACGCGUGGUUCGGACCAGGCACAGAUUUCUUCUUCCUUUCAAAUCCGGAACGAUCCUGGGGUUGUCCGCAAUUACGGUAAUUUACUUCUUGAAUUUUCCCGCAUAACUCCAGAUGGAAUAGUGGUAUUUUUCCCCUCUUAUCUUUAUAUGGAAUCGAUUAUUAGUAUGUGGCAAGGAAUGGGAAUCUUGGAUUCAAUAUGGAAUUACAAGUUGAUUCUUGUUGAGACGCCUGACUCUCAGGAAUCAUCACUUGCCCUUGAGACAUACCGCACUGCAUGUUGCAAUGGACGAGGAGCACUUCUUCUUUGUGUUGCGCGUGGCAAAGUAUCGGAAGGAAUUGAUUUUGACCACCACUUUGGCCGCGCUGUUCUAUGUAUUGGCGUUCCAUUUCAGUAUACAGAAUCACGCAUAUUAAAAGCACGGCUUGAAUUUUUGAGAGAGAACUACCGGAUCCGAGAAAAUGAUUUCCUCUCUUUCGAUGCCAUGCGUCAUGCUGCACAGUGUCUUGGACGUGUGCUUCGGGGCAAAGAUGACUAUGGGGUCAUGGUUCUCGCAGAUCGACGAUUUCAAAAGAAACGAGGCCAACUGCCCAAAUGGAUCAACCAAAAUAUGCUUGAGAGCGAAACAAAUUUGAGCACGGAUAUGGCUGUGGCAACAGCUAAGAGCUUUCUUCGGACAAUGGCGCAGCCAUUCAAAGCCAAAGACCAGGAAGGUAUUUCCACCUGGAGCUUAGCCGACCUAGAACUUCAUGUUGAGAAAGAGAAGGGAGAAGCGGAGAAAAGACAACAGCAAGAAGUCACCCAGCAACACCAGGGAGCUCUAGUGGCUGCUACAGCUGACCUAGAUAUGUACGACAACGAUAAUAUUGAUGCAGACCUUUUAAUGAUAGAUGCUGAAUGA